AUGGAUGCCCGGUUGCGGCUCGUCUAUGACUUUCUCGACAACGACCUCUACGAGAACGCACUGUUCGUCACCGAAAGGCUACAUGCUCUCGACUCCGAUAACUCGUCAUGGAUACAUCUCAUGUCUCUGUCUUGCCUUCGGCUGGGUCGUGUUGCCCUCGCAGCGGAACAUAGUCGAGAGAGAGGUCUAAGUGGCCAUCACCUUGGAUGCUCCUAUGUCUUUGCACAGGCAUGUUUGCGUCAGAAGAACUAUUCGGAUGGCAUAACGGCUCUGAGGCAAGCUCAGCGAUUGUGGACUGAUGACCAUGCCGUAUCCGAGCGAUUCGCCCCCGACCUCGCAGCUGUGAACAGACUCCUUGGGAAACUCUACAAAGCGAGUGGAGACGUCAAGUCUUCUAUAGCCAGCCAUGUUGCAGCCCUCGAGGCAAACCCCUUCAUGUGGGACGCAUUCACAGACCUUUGCGAUAAUGGUGUUCAACUUCGCGUGGCUAAUGUAUUCAAGCUACGAGAUAGCUCCAACAACAAGGCCGAUCACGGCAAGCUAACAAAGUCGGCGCCAUCCGAAGUGAACGCCACUAAUCCGGCAGCUAAAGCGAAUUCGCUUCGACCCGGCCACUCCUUCGACUCUGGUCUACGUGAAGCCAUGCAACAGCCAUUUUGCAUCUCCCGGAAUGAUGCGCCGGUUGGCGACGAGAAUAUGGACACUACGGAGCCGCGGAAUCUCCGUAGCGUGUCUGGAGAUAUUCCCAUGGGUUAUUCGGGAAUAGCGAUACCUUCGCUCUCUAAAAAGAGACAACGCUCCGUUCUCGAUGCUCCGCCGGCGGAGGUAUCUUCGGGGUCGACCAGGAAAGAAAACGAUGUUUUCACAAGCAGAUAUGCUAGCUCGUCACUGACGUUAGCUCCUCAGCGGAGGAGCGCCCGAUUGCUGAACCAAACGGCACCGUCGAAUGGCCUAUCUGAUCGGUCAACGACCGACUCCGCUAUAACACGAGAUGCCCUUAAGCGGCUAGCGAGGCCGAGAAACCCUGUACGUCCGAUAGAACGGAAGACAUCGGCUCUAAACCGUGCUGCAAACGCUAUCCGGUCGUCGACGGCGGGUGCGACGCGUGAUUCGAAGACGACGGGGCCUUCUUCACCGACGCCGGCAGGGAAAUCUGCUCACCCGGCAAGACUGACGUCUGUCGCCGCUGCAGCGGCGGCGCUAGAUCAGGAGAAAUUGCAGGCUUUGAUGAACCUGCUGCUGAAACUAGGCACAGGUUAUUAUCACCUUAGCCAAUUCCAGCCGCAAGCGUGCAUUGAUGCUUUAUCAUCACUUCCCUCCGAGCAGCAUAUGACGCCGUGGGUUUUGUCAAAGGUCGCAAGGGCGCAGUAUGAGAUGAUGUCGUACAAGCAGGCCAAGUCAACAUUCCAGGUGCUACGGAAGAUAGCUCCGUCCUGGCUGGAGGACAUGGAAGUUUAUUCGACGGUGUUGUGGCAUCUCAAAGACGACGUGGAACUUGCAUUUUUAGGCCACGAGCUUUCCGAUGAUCAUUACCUUGCACCGCAGACUUGGUGCGCCGUGGGAAACUCAUUCUCUCUGCAACGUUGCCACCAGGAAGCGAUUAAGUGCUUCAGGAGAGCGGGUCAGCUAGAACCCCAGCUUGCUUACUCGUACUCCCUCCUUGGACAUGAACAUUUUGAGGCGGAGGAAUACGGCGAGGCGACGACGGCGUUCCGGAGGGCGCUGCAGGUGGAUCCUCGUCAUUACUCGGCUUGGGUUGGUUUGGGACGUGUGCAAGAGAGACUGGGCCAAGGCGAGAAGGCGCUCAAAUACUACCGGUCUGCGGAGAAGGUUAAUCCAAAUAACGCUGCAUUGCUGACCUACAUUGCAAGGGUACUCGAGAAGAUGGGCAAGCACAGGCCAGCGCUUAGCUAUCUGCGGCGCGGCACUGAGCUUGAACCUCCAGAGAACCUUGGUAGCCUGAUUAGGCUGCAGACGGCACGACUCUACUUGCGUCUCGGUCAACCUCUAGAAGCCUUAAGGGACCUCCAAUUGGUGCAGCAGAUGGCACCCGAUGAACCAAGUGUUCACUUCUUGCUAGGGCAGGCCUUUUCCAUGUCCGGCCCUGCGAAGAGAGGAGAGGCGUUGCGGUCAUACACGAACGCCCUCAGCCUUGAUCCUUCUAAUGAAACCAUAAAAGAUGCGAUUAUGAUGCUUGGCGGUGGCCACUAA